AAGAUGGAUGCUUUCCUAAGCUCACCGGUCAAAUAUUGAUAGCAUUUUAUUUUAACAAGUCUACUAGCUUAUAUUUUCACUGCAGGCCAUGUUGUGGGUUUGAAUGUUUAUUAUAAUUUACAUUUUGAGAAUUUUGGAUCUUAAUAUGGAGUGAUAUUACAGAAUUUUUGCAGUCUUGCCAACAUGUAUCUUUACAAUCUGACCCUGCAAAGGGCAACUGGCAUAACACAUGCCAUUCAUGGUAACUUCAGUGGUGACAAAACCCAAGAGAUUCUUGUUUCUCGUGGAAAAUGUUUGGAAAUGCUUCGGCCAGAUCCAACCACUGGAAAAGUACAUACUCUGUUGACUGUGGAAAUAUUUGGAAUAGUGAGAUCGUUGAUGGCAUUCAGGUUAACUGGAGGAACUCAAGAUUACAUAAUAGUCGGCUCAGACUCGGGCCGCAUUGUGAUACUGAAGUAUGAUGGCGCGAAGAAUGUUCUGGAGAAGGUGCACCAGAGACUUUCGGCAAGAGCGGUUGCCGUCGCAUUGUGCCCGGCCAGUACCUGGCCAUCGACCCCAAGGGCCGUGCCGUCAUGAUUGGUGCCAUUGAGAAGCAGAAACUGGUUUACGUGCUCAACAGAGAUGCUGAGGCGCGACUCACCAUCUCGUCACCGCUCGAAGCGCACAAGAGCAACACCCUGGUCUAUCAUAUGGUCGGCGUUGAUGUGUCCUUUGGCAACCCGCUGUUCGCCUGUUUGGAGAUUGAUUACGA